CUUAAAACCAAAGUUUUGUUGAUUAAUAGAUGGUCAUUAAGCAAACAAAUCAUGGCUAUCAAUCCCACAAUUCCCUCUCUUCCUAAUGACGAAGGGUUUGCGUCAACUCUUGAGGAACAACAAACAGCGGAUAUAAUUCGACGCAAAAAAGCACAAAGCCUUAAUUCUCUUGCGUCACUUACACAGACGAUCAAUGAAACUAAAAGCAAUCAAAAGCACAUGGCAUUGACAGAACGUUUAUUGUGGCUAAUAUCAGUGUUUUGGGCCCUUUGGAAACUUCAAAUUAAUGAUGCAACACCAUUAGAUAAUUUAACAGUAAUAGGUAACUACAAUAGCUCUGCAUUAUUUUUUGAUGAACAACCAAAUCUUGGGUUAGAAAUGGUGCAACAAUAUAAAAGAUUAUUAUUGACGGGCUUGGAACAAAACAAAAAGGUUGGAUUGUCUGUAUAGGCUCGUCAUUAGGUACUUGUCACAUCCUGUCGCACCACAAACCUCUGUUAUUCUCAUCCUCCGAAGAUCAAAGUUCUUCGUCUGACGAUACUUCCGACCCAUCAAUAUCUCCAAAAAUAAAUUAUAUUACCAGGAAUAUAAGAAAGUCUGAAAAAACUAGUGUGCUUUCAUACACAAAAACACGCAUCUUUGGCACGGGUCAAUCUUCCUUUCGCUCUGGGGCAGAUGAUGGGCUUCUGUGUGGUGUAUUACUACUACCUAUGGUAGCUACUG